AUGACUUUACAAGAUGUUCAAUGCGUUCUCGAUGCGUUGAAGUACGGCGGAGAACUUGAGAGUCGUAUAACAUCUGAACGAGGCGCGUAUACCACGACUGACUCGGAUACCAAUAUCACUUGCAUCCGAUAUCGUCUUUCUCCACGCCUUCUCUAUACGGCCGGUCUUGCCCGUAUUCCUUGUACAGUAUGUUUGGCCAUACAGCCUGUAUUUUGUUCAGAUCUCACUGCGUCGGUACUUUCUAUUGAACUAUUGGAUGCUGAAUUAUACAUGCUUGGGAGUCGUUGGGAUACGGUUGAAAUGUUACUCAGCGAAAAGGCAGCUGCAACUUUCCGGAAAGUAUUAUCGACGUAUUGUCUAACCGAAGACGGCCCAGAUUUAACAUGUUUUUCGAAAAUGCGCCAAGGAUUUCUGAACGAGCUGAAAACGUUCGCCCAAAGUUUACCCGAUUCUCAGCCCGUGGUCGAGGAUGCAACAUUUAUUUCCUAUUGGGAUAAGUCCAACUGUUCCUGGACUCCGUAUAUGCGUAAACUUUUCACAGCCAGCUGUUUGGCUAUGUGCUGGGCAGCACACAAAGCAUCGGACACGGCAAAAUAUGACAUGAUGUGUCCCAACCCGUGCAGAAUGCAAGAUGUAUGCACAUUUAAGGAUUGUGUAAAAACGGGCAUUCUGGAGCAUCAAUUUAAGUGUCAGUGUCCAAAAGACGCUCUCUGGGAUGCUGAAACGCAUACGUGCAUACCAAAAAGCCUACAGGAUCUUCGUAAUAAGCAAGUAGUGAGUUCCAUCGCAACGGUUUUGUGA